GCCCAGGGGACACCUCCAUGUAACCUGAUGGAAUGUGCUGUGACUUACAGCUGAAUCUCACUAAUCACAGCGCAGAGCCUGGACGUCAGCAGCAAAUUCAUCCUCACCCAGGCGGACAGAGCACAUAAAUACUCAGGGCAAGUGCUGGCUGAUCAUUGAGGUCUGCCGGAUCCAAGUGGACAUCUAUAAGGUUCCUGUGAACUGUGAGUCCCAUCUACUAACCAAUGGCCUGUCAGAGACACUUGCUGUUCCUGCUCCUGGUUCUGUUUGCAGUCAGUACACAGCUGUCCCACGGCCAGCACUGGUCCCAUGGGUGGUACCCAGGAGGCAAGAGGGAGUUGGACAUGCCUGCUUCUCCAGAGGUUUCAGAAGAAAUCAAGCUGUGCGAAGGAGAGGAGUGUGCCUACCUCAGGAACCCCAGGAAAAACCUUCUAAAGAACAUACUGGCUGAUGUCUUGGCAAGACAACUACAGAAAAAGUGACCAAUUAUUUAACGUAACUCCUUCCAAAUCUUCGUCUUCAAGCCAUGUCUACUUUAAGAACCCUACCGUCUUCUUCAGUUGGACCGCCGUCUACAUUGAUGAUGUCAUUAUUCUGCUGCUGGGCACUGAUCAGAAUUCCGGACACUCUUUCAAAAAACUUGAUUAAUGUGUAUGCUGAUCAUUUCUAAGGCCAACCCAACCAGAAACUGUUAUUUUGGAUCUGAAUAGUUGUUGGCAAGUAAUAAUUAUUGGCCUCUUCCCUGUUUUUUUGGAGUUGAGAUUGGUAAAGAUUUACUAGAAUUCCCAUUCCCAACCACAAAGCCAAAUGAUGGUGUCACGCUCUAAAAAUGGUUCCGAGACAAGAGGCUCAGAAAAAAGGCUGAUUCCACUCAUUGGUGUACAGCCAAACCCUAGUUAUCAGUUUUGGGUUGGGUUGGGUUGGCCUUCAAGAGAUCUUUUUUAUGUUGAAUAUUCAGACCAAGAAUUCUGUCCCUUUCAUACUUGUUUUACAUCUCCAACUGGUUUCAAAACAUUCUUGGCUUCAGAUAAUCUGUGUUCUCGGAAUUGUCUUAUUCCCAAUAAGCUACAUUUUGUAUACAGUGACAUUCCUGGAGUUUUAGUAAUGAUUUUCAAUGUAUUUAGCCAGGAGGCUUCAUAGGACUAAAUAUGGAACAUCAGAUCUUUAAAUAAAAUUCCUUAGGUCGUAAGAC